AUGUCUCGAGAAGGUACACUCCAUAAAGUUCAUAUCACUCCUUUUGAUGCAGGAGACCAGCAGCAAGAGGCUGGGAGUACAGAACCAUCUCUUGCUAAGCCUGGUAUCAGCGUAGGGCACAACAUAACCAGGGUGGCAGACCGGUUAACCCGACUUGCACACCCAAGACGGGUGGCCAGCUCCAGCAACAUUUAUACCAUGGAAACCAGGGGCCAGCUGCUUCAGUUUGCCCCUGCCUGGAGAACCAUCAAGGUGGAUGCCUGGGUGCUCAACUCAAUUACCAGGGGCUACUCCAUAGAAUUCUGCAAUUCUCCAGUCCACAGAUUCCUACUGCCUCCGAGAUCCAAGGUUCCAGAGAAAAGACGCAUCAUAUUUGCAGCACCUGAAGAAUAUCUACGCCAUAGAAAUUGCUUCCUCCACUUUCUGUUAGUCGCGGGGAAGCAGUCACAAGGGAGGAGGCUGUUCCAGGCAGACACAGGGAUGGUGGUGCUGCUGUUGCUGCUGCUGCAAGUGCCCAAUGCAAACUGUUGGAUGCUGAAAGGGAAAUGCCCCUUGACUCUGGAGAGGGAUCAGAUAGACCCACUCAAUUAUUACAGGCCAGGAGACCACUUCAUUGGCGGGGUCCUCUCUGCCACACAAGCUUUCUUUCAUCAACAUGGCUUCAAGAAGUCACCAUUGACCAGCUUUCAACGGAAAGGAGCAACAAGAUACUGGCAGACCCUCUCCUUCUUGUUUGCCAUUCAGGAGAUCAACAAGAAUCCCAGGAUCUUACCCAACAUCACCCUGGGCUACAGCAUCCAUGAGAACUUUUUUCAUGGAAGGGUGACAUACGAUGCUUUGUUAGACCUCCUGUCUACUGGGGAGGCGAAUGUUCCAAACUACAGCUGUGGAAGAUGGAAUAACUUGCUAGCUGUUCUUGAAGGAUCUGACUCUGAAACCUCCAUCCAGAUUUCAAGCUUAUUGGCCACCUAUAAAAUCCCCCAGGUCAGUUAUGCUUUUGUCUCUCAUGUUCUGAGUGAUAAGACCCAGUUCCCUUUUUUCUACCGGGUGGUCCCCAACGAAGAAGCCCAGUACCCAGGGAUUGUCAAGCUGCUCCUGCACUUCAGAUGGACGUUCAUUGGUCUCAUUGCUUUUGACACCGACAACGGAGAGCGGUUCAUGAAGACCUUGACACCUCUGCUCCUCAGGAGUGGCAUUUGUGUUGCUAUCUCAGAAACCUUCCCACGAUUGAAUAAGAAUAAAAUAAAGGUCAAUCCUCUUCCAUUCCAAAAGUGGGAACAACUUCAUGUAUUUGUUUACUGUGUAGAGACUAAUUCUGUCAUACUGGGAAUAAUAAUCAUAGAAAAAAUAUUUCACCAGGCCAUAAAAUCCAUUGAAGGGAAAGUCUUGAUCACAACAGCUAUGUGGGACAUCUCCUUGGACAUAAUCUAUGACAGGUUAUAUUUCCAAAAUAUCCAUGGUAUUUUUUCCUUCUUUAUUGAGACAAAUAAGAAGACAAAACAUGUGGAUUUUCUACCCUUCUUCUCUGCUAUCAAGGAGUUUGGGAAGAAAGCUUUUAAUUGUUCCUACUUAAAGCAUGCAUUGUCAGCAAAAGGUUGGAUAAGAUGCAGACAGAGAGAGAAACUGAUGGAUAUGCUGCCCCAAGAUGAUCUGGAAAGAGUCCUUUCCGUAGACAGUUACAGGAUUUACAACACUGUCCACGCCGUGGCAUGGGCCUUAGAUGUCGCUAAUUCAUCUACAUCUAAAUGGAGGGUGAAGGACAGGCUGGAAGUUCAAAGGCUACAGCCAUGGCAGCUCCAUCCUUUCCUGGGAAACUCCCAGUUUUACAAUUUUUCCAUUGACAACGUACAUUUGGAUGAGAAUGGGGAACUGGCAGCCAACUUAGAUGUUGUGAACUGGGUGGUGUUCCCGAAUAAGUCCGUCCUCUGGGUGAAGUUUGGGAGUUUAUGCAGACAGGGACUCCCAGGCCUACAGCUCACCAUCAACCAGGAGGCCAUUGUGUGGCCCAAAUGGCUCAACCAGACCCUGCCUCCUUCCAGGUGUGUGAAAAGCUGCCGCCCCGGAUUCGUCAAGAUGGUUCAGGAAGGGAAGCCACUUUGCUGCUACAACUGCCUUCCCUGCGCGGAAGGGACCGUCUCCACUCUGGAAGAUGCAGAGCAUUGUACCAAAUGCCCUCAAGAUCAAUAUCCAAACAAACCCAAAGAUCAUUGUAUCCCCAAGAGGAUCACCUUCCUGGCGUAUGAAGAACGUUUGGGGAUCCUCCUAGCUUCCUUGGCCAUAUUUUUGUCUAUAACUACAUGUUUUGUGUUAGGAAUUUUCAUUAAAUUUGUAGAAACUCCAAUAGUCAAAGCCAACAACAGGGAGCUCUCCUACAUCCUCCUCGUCUCCCUUCUGCUUUCCUUUUUGUCCUCCUUCCUCUUCAUUGGACAGCCAAGCAAAGUGACCUGUCUUCUCCGACAAACAGCCUUCAGCAUCAUCUUCUCAGUUGCUGUCUCUUCUGUCUUGGCAAAAACCAUCACUGUGGUGCUGGCCUUCUUGGCCACAAAGCCAGGGAACAGGGUGAGGAGAUGGCUGGGAAAGGGUCUGGCCAACUCCAUUCUCAUUUUCUGUUCCAAUAUCCAAGUUGUCAUCUGCACCAUCUGGCUGGGGAUAUCACCCCCAUUCCCAGACUCAGACCUGUCUUUGCAGCCUGGAGAGAUCAUUCUGCAAUGCAAUGAGGGGUCUGUCACUAUAUUUUAUCUUUCCCUUGGCUACAUGGGCCUCCUGGCUGCCAUCUGCUUCACAGUGGCUUUCCUGGCCAGGAAGCUGCCUGGGGCCUUCAAUGAAGCCAAACUGAUCACCUUCAGCAUGCUGGAGGCACUGUUAUCUGUGGCUCUCUUUGUUGUGACUCAGCUAGGGAGGGAAGGGUUUGAAGUGCCAGACUCGGACAUUGAGGAUGGUGGAGAAGAUCUGGGGGAGGGGACUACCCAGUGUGAACUGUAUAUGCGUGUGCGACAGUCAGAAUUCCUCAAUGAUGACUUGAAGGUGGCAUUCAUCAUCAGCCUCUUGGAAGAAGCUGUCCUGUGGGCCACACUGUUGUUGCUCCAAAAUGACCCUGUCUUGACCCAGUAUGCCGCCUUUGUUAAUGCCAUGUCCAAGAUCUUUCAAGACCCCCAGCGGAAAGAAACCACAUCCUGCCAACUGGGCAGCCUGAAGCAGGGGAAAAACUCUGUUGGAACUUACUCUAACGCCCUUUGCAUCCUGUCCCAAGAAACAGACUUUAAUGACUUUGGACUUAUUUGUAUUUGUAUCACCAAGGGCUCAGUUCAGAGGUCCAGGAUGUGCUGGCCCAAGCCCCACAAUGGAGCACAGUUGCAGAAAUGGUCCAAGUGUGCCUGCAGAUAG